AUGUCCGCUGGAAAGAGCUACAAGGCUCUCAGAUGGGUUAGCAUGGUCCUCGAGCUGCUUCUGAAUGCGCUGGUGUGCGGCUUCGCAGAGGCUGGAGUGCUCGCUGAGCACAUUAGCACAUCAAAUCUGGAUGUACAUCUGCGGCAUUGGCGUGGCCGCGGCCAGCUCCUGGUCAUCGGCUUGUGGAAAGGAAGGGGUGAAGUUUCUCGACGAGACGCUAUCUCAUUCGCGCGCCGCGCUCUCCUGACGCUGCACAUUGAUGUGUUCCAUGCGCUAUCGUUCCCCCCUUCAUAUGCGCCCGUUAAGCUGAUCUACACUUGUUGCUCUACCUGGUACACCUUCUGCCAUUUCCGUCCAUCGGCUUCACAUGCUGAGAAGGCUACGUUCUAG